AUGCUUCGCACGACUAUUAAGCACCGCCCACCACCGCUGCCUAAACUUAUCCGUUAUUGGAGUGAUUUUGCCCAUCAUGCUGAGCCUGGCUCGCUUGGCUCUCAGUUGGUCUCUUAUACAUAUCCCCGAGGGUCUACACUUAUCAACUCGCGGCACUUUUACCAAAACACGGUUCUCAUGGAGUGGGUGCAGCGAGAUCCUCGGCCGGUGUCUUUAAGACAACUUGCAUUUUUUGGACGCAGGCUUACUCGUGAUAAGCUUUUGGCAUCGGCAAACUUUGUGCAGCAGGAACUUCCCACUCGUCUGGCGCAUCGUAUCCGUGAUAUGCAGGUUCUGCCCUUUGGCGCGGUAUCCAAUCCUCACCUGUGUUCCGUAUACGAGAUGUACUAUACUGCAUUUGAUCAGUUUCGUCGCUUUUCAAAGAUUAAUACUCUUGAGGAUAAUGAACGCUUUUGCGGGCUUCUUAAUAAACUUUUGAAUGACCACUUGACCGUCAUUCCCAAGCUUGUCAUGGGUGCUAUUGAAUGUUCCAUGGCCAACUCGAUCGACUCGCUCCGUUUGGAUUCUUUUAUGUCUUCCAUCCUGAGAUCUCGAAUUUCCCGUCGCGUUAUUGCUGAACAACAUCUUGCCUUAUCGUCGGCUUUCGCCACUCCGGCAGCCAAUACAAGCCAUGCGGACGACCCUUCAUAUAUAGGCGCUGUAUUUCUGCAAUGUUCUGCAAAAGAAGCCGUUCAAUCUUGUGGUUCGCGUGCUUCGGAGCUAAUUCAAGAUUUGUAUCCCAAUGCGUUGAUGCCUGAAAUUAUAAUUGAAGGAAGUGAGGAUGCCCGAUUCCCAUAUAUGCAGUCCCAUCUAGACUACAUUUUGGGUGAGUUACUACGAAACUCAAUUGAGGCUACUGUCAAGAACCAUGAGGGUAAGAAAUCUCCUCCACCUAUUGUUGUUUCUAUUUCCAACACGCACGAGUCUGUUUUAAUUCGGGUGUCGGAUCAAGGAGGUGGCAUUGCUCCUGAAAUUCUGCCUUACAUUUGGUCUUUUUCUAAGGGCCCGCAAAUGGAACACCGUCUUGACAAUUUUAAGCAAGUCCCGACUUUUGCAGGGCUCUUGCAAGAAGUGGCUACGGAAGAAGAGCAGCUUGAACAAAAAUUAAGCCAUAAGCAUGGUAAAUCAUCGCCUCUACAUCCAUUAUCAGAUAAGGAACGCGAUGAGAUGAUGGCUUCACUUUCGUCGCUUAUGUCUCGGCCACCACACUUAAAGCUCGGAAUGGGAUUGCCACUUAGCAAAGUCUACGUUGAAUACUGGGAUGGUCAUAUCGACCUUCACUCACUUGAAGGAUAUGGCUGUGAUGUAUUUUUGCGCAUUUCGCGCCUCGGUAACCAGAGUGAAAGAUUACAAUUGGAUAGGGUAUAA